AUGGUCCAGAAGAGCCGUGACCAAAGUCUAGGGGUCGCGGCUUCAGAGGUCCGCAAAGUACGAGACUCAGAGAGCUCCACAGACGAAUCUUCUGAUAGUGAUGCUUCUGAAGAUGUUGCCAAACGCGCACCACGCGUCCUACCCUCUCCAAAUCGUCAGAAAGAGCACGCCAGACGCAGUAACAAACGUGUCCUAUAUUUAGCUGCUAUUACAGAACACCGUAAUAUCAAGCAUUUAGAAGAAUUAGAACGCCGCGGGGAAGGCGAACGCCGGUCUCACAGAGUCUCGCAACGAACGUCCAAGGAACAUUUUGCACAGCAUGACGCAUACGACCGGUCUCUACGGAGCAGACGGACAUCUAGCCAUCACGUACCCGACAAUGAAGCAAAGAAGGGGAGGGAAACUCGUGGAGUAGAACGUCGACGUUCACACAAGUAUGAGGCCGGAAAGAAUGAAGGGCUCCCGCGAAAUUCGAUGAGCUCUGGCCGUCACCACAAAAAUGAGUCAAAGGAAGAGCAAAUGAGAGAGACUAAAGAUGCUGGCGGACUUGUUGGGUUUUUGCGAAAUAUGAUUAGUUCCAGACGUUUGCACAUCAAGGAAGAGACGGAGGAGGACCGCGAAGCUCCAAGAGAAGAUCGCCGACAUCUACGCCUGUCUCAAGCAGAGAGAAAUCGAGAAGCUCAAAAGAUCCAGGCUCGACGUUCACGCAGGCAGCAUGAAGAUCCCGAACAAGACCGCGAUAGCCGUAAGCAUAGAGACCAAGACAGGUUCUCUACUCGGGACAGAAGUCGACAUGGUCAUCAUCGACGACGGCUUGAAGGCGAGGAUAGAAGGGCAAGAGUUGAAGAUAGGGAGGCUCAGCGAGUCGAAGAAAGAGCUGCUCGCCGAGUUGAGGAAGAGAAGAAGUCAGGAGAGCAUGAGCGAAAGGCAUCGAGAGCUUCGCGAUACAGUUCAUCUAAGGAGUCAAAGGGUUACUCUUUCGACGAAAAGGACUCUUCUUCUACGUGCACCGAUGAAAGACAAUAUUGGACUCAAGAUGAAGGUGAACUUGAGGAAGAAGCCAACGAGAGACAAGAGAAGGACAUAGAAGCGGCACGAGCGUUGCGGGACGAUGAAUUACGGAGGCUCGAAGAAGAGAGAAGGGUGGUCGAGCAGAAGGCGAUGAUACAAGCUGCGGAAAGAAUACUCGCCGAAGAGGUGGCAAAGCAACAAGCCGAGGAAGCAAGACGACUUGCAGAAGAGGAGAAGCUAGCCGAAGAAAAGACAAGGAAGGACGCUGAAGAAAAAGAGACAGGAGCCAGUUUACUUACAAAAGCGGACAAGUUGGCUGAGAAACAGUUAGCUGAGGAGAGGGCAAAGAAGCGCGCCGAAGAGAGAGAGAAGGUAGCAAGGCGGUUCAAAGAAGAGAGGGAGAAGAAGCUAGCCGAGGAGAAGCUAAGGAUGGCUCGGGAGAGAGCAAAUCAGCGUGCCGAGGAGAAGGCAAGAAAGCAAGCUGAAGAAGAAGCAAAGGAACAAGCUGAAAAGGAUAAGAAAGCUCUACAAGCGGUACUAACUUCCUACCGACAACGAACCCUUGAAGAGAAGGAGCAAGAAGAGAAGCUUGAUACACGAAAGACAAAGGCCAUUACAACGAAGCAGAAGAAACCAGCAACACCAACAGCAAGGGCUACUGAACCACAAGAGGCUCCGCUCACGACUUCCAGACGAUCUAAACCGGCUCCGACUACCAAAAUCCGUGGAGUUGUGCCUACCUUUGGGGCCCAACGACUCCCCACUCCCCAGGACAGCGAGGACAGUUCAUCGUGCUCAUCGUCUGAUGAUGAAAGUAUUGAUUAA